AUGUUCUCACAAUUACCUGUGAGAAUUCUACGUCAUGAAAGACCAAGCUGGAAAAUUCCUGUCACGUUCGUACUCGCAAAACGUUGGAAAUCAGUCAUUACAACCCGAACCUACGAUGGCGCCAUCACCCUCCUAAACACCCUCCAAACCCCUCACUCCAUCCUCCAAGCCCGUCGCGAAGCAGGUAUCCGCAUCGACUCCAGCGACAACGACAAACUGCGAGUCUGCCUCCAGAAGAUAGGUUAUACCCAAUCCGACCUCCAAAAACUAAACAUAAUCCACAUAUCCGGCACAAAAGGCAAAGGCACAACCUCCUCCUACGUCUCCUCCCUCCUAACCCACCACUCCCCCCCCCUAAAAAUCGGCCUCUUCACCUCCCCCCACCUCCUCUCAGUCCGCGAACGCAUUCGCCUCAACGGCCUCCCCCUCCCGGCCCCCCUCUUCACAACCUAUUUCUUCCACAUCUGGGACACUCUCCCCUCUCACCUUCGCCCUGGUUAUUUCCGCUUCCUCACUCUACUAUCCUACCACGUAUUCCUCUCCGAGAACGUAGACGCCGCGGUGUACGAGGUAGGUAUGGGCGGGGAGUACGAUGGGACGAAUAUCGUCGAACGGCCUGCUGUAAGCGGUGUUAGUAGUUUGGGUAUCGAUCACGUGUUUACGCUUGGAAACACCAUUGAGGAGAUUGCGUGGCAUAAGGGCGGGAUUUUCAAGGCUGGUGUGCCUGCAUUUAGCGUUCCUCAACCCGCAGGAGCGAUGCGAGUGCUCGAGGAACGAGCUGCUGAGAGAAAGGUCGCGAGUUUCGAGGUUGUGGACGUGGAUAGACGAUUAGAUUCCGUGAAAGUAACCCCCGACGCUCCAUUCCAGCGACAAAACGCAUCCUUAGCCCUCGCACUCACCGACACCGUUCUCCUCAUCCUCGAUCCCUCCUAUACGCCUUCAAAAACCAUGCUCACCCCCUCUCUGCGCGCCGGAAUCGAGAACAUGGUGUUCCGCGGGCGGUUCGAGAGGAUUGAGCGGGCGGGCGUGACGUGGUAUCUGGAUGGGGCGCAUACGAAGGAGAGUAUUUGUGUUGCUGUGGGGUGGUUUGGUGGUGCAGUGAGGAAUAGUAAAGCUACACGGAUUUUGGUGUUUAACCAACAAGGUGAUCGUGAAGCCGUUGAACUUCUCGAAGCCCUCUAUACCAACACCCAAAAUGAACGCAACCUAGAAUUCGACCAUGUAAUUUUCUGCCCAACGAAAACUAGAUCUGUGCAGUCCGCUAAAAAAGAUUUCAUCAACAACGCACACGACGCCACAGCCAUCACGGCACUAACACUGCAAAAACAAUUCGUCUCAAAAUGGCGAGAAAUGGCCGGUGAGAAGCCAGUGAUCAAGGUUCUGGCGAAUGUGGAUGAGGCAUUUGAGUAUAUCGAUACGCUGGCAGGGACUAGCGAGGGGGAGGUGCAAGUUUUUGUUACGGGGAGUAUACAUUUAGUGGGCACGGCUUUGAGUGUGCUUGAGGGUGUGGAUGCAUUAUAA